UGUGCAGCAAAUAGAUUCAUCUCGGUAGUAUACCAUUCACUACAAACCAUGGCUGCUAAUCAAGAAACAGAGGUUGAAGUGGUAAAAAUGGGACCAGGUGGCGUACCAGAGGGAUCAAAGACUGCUGAAUUCUACAGAACCGACAAUAUCCCUACACGUUUUGAUAACCCAGACUGGUUCCAGGGCUACGGAGGUAAAGACCAACAUCCCAUGUACAGAACCACAUCAUGUACAUAUGGAGCCAAACCACCAUCAGUUCACACUAUGCCAACUACCUUUCACUGCAGAUCACAAAAGUUCUCUGAGCAACUUGGGAAAUGUGGAAUGUACAGAAACCAUUCUCUCAACACUGCCCUGGAUAUAAGUCGUGUUUAAUCUUACCCUUAUAACAACACAAACACUUUCAAUUGAAACUGAUAUGGAUGUGAUACAUUAAAACUACAUAUUGGAUUAAAAAAAAUUAGGAAUUCAAAUUUCAGAUUAUUGAAAAACUAAAAAGUUUAUAAAAACCGUAGAUUUAAUUAGAGAGAAGAUUGUAGAUACUUUACCUGACAUCAAAAUGAAAGCACAGGUUUGUUGAGGUUUAAAGUUGUUCUUCACCUUUGUUAUUGUGUACAUGGCUGUAUAUGAGAAAUGUAAGUUAGUGUCAGGUGGAUGGAGGCUAGAUUCUCUAGCUCUGAAGUAAAACUCUAUAAUAACAGAAUAUUCAGGAGGAUUGAACUCAAGUUAGAUUGUUUUGAAUAUUAAAUACAGUUCUACUAAUGCUUGUUGGUGUAAAUAUCUGUAGAAAUGGAAAACAUGAAAGAAACAGUAUGAGUUGUACAGUUUUAAAUCAGAAAUAAAGAAUUGUGGUCUGAA